UUCCUUCCUUCCCUCUUUCUCUCUCAUUUGUUCUUACAAAAGAAAAAAACACCUCAAUCUUACCUUCUCCGUUCGUGUUUUUGCUGGGCGAUUUCUAGGGUUUCAGUGGGAGAUUGAUUGAGCGGGGGGUUUUUUCUCACCAUUGAAAUUCAUGAGAUUGUAUUCAUGGUGGAAUUAGUUUUGGCCUUAAUUACUGCAUUUCAUAAUUCAUCUACAAAUCUUUACAUUCUCUGACCUAAUGACUCUUGACAGUAGUGAAUGGCUCGAUUCCACUCCCGCUCCAUUUCUCUUUUGUUUCUAGUGAUUCUUGUUCUUGUUACAGUGUUUCGUUUUGUUCUCUCAUCUACGGCCGACGAUGAAUUUUCCAUUCUCGAUUACGAUGCGUUUCUUUUUCAUCAGGAUUACUCGCCGCCGGCCCCACCGCCACCGCCGCCUCAUCCACCUUCAGUUUCCUGCACCGUUGAUUUAGAUGGUGUCGGUUCGUUGGAUACUACAUGUCAGAUUGUCAACGAUUUGAACCUUACUCAUGACGUGUAUAUAGCCGGGAAGGGGAAUUUUUAUAUCCUGCCUGGGGUGAAAUUUAAUUGUCUUAAACCAGGGUGUUCGAUUACUAUUAACAUUACUGGCAAUUUUACGUUGAGCAAUGAUUCGUCUAUAUUUACCGGGAGCUUUGAAUUGGCCGCCUGUAAUGCUAGUUUUCUUAAUGGUUCUGUGGUGAACACGACGGCUUUGGCUGGGAAUCCGCCGUCACAGACCAGUGGUACGCCACAAAGUGUUGAUGGAGCAGGAGGGGGACAUGGAGGGAGAGGAGCAUGUUGUUUGACGGAUAAAAGUAAGCUUCCCGAGGACGUUUGGGGAGGGGAUGCGUACUCAUGGGCAUCGCUGCAGAAGCCUAGCAGUUUUGGUAGCCGAGGUGGUUCAACGAGCAAGGAGGUAGACUAUAGUGGUAAGGGUGGCGGAAAGGUGAAGUUGAAUGUUGCUGACCUUCUUGUAAUUGAUGGGGUUGUUCUGGCCGAUGGUGGUGAUGGGGGGACUAAAGGUGGAGGUGGGUCAGGUGGCAGCAUCUAUAUCCUUGCUCACAAAAUGAUUGGCAAUGGCAAGAUAAGUGCCUGUGGAGGUGAUGGAUAUGGUGGGGGAGGUGGUGGAAGAAUCGCUGUCGACAUUUUCAGCAGGCAUGAUGAUCCUCAAAUUUUUGUUCACGGGGGACGUAGUUUGGCUUGUCCAGAAAAUUCUGGCGGUGCUGGAACUCUGUAUGAUGCUGUUCCUCGAAGCCUUACAAUUUCCAAUCAUAACCUGACAACUGAUACGGAUACACUUCUUUUGGAGUUUCCUAAUCAACCACUCAUGACAAAUGUUUAUGUUCGAAACAAUGCCAGGGCUUCAGUUCCUUUGCUCUGGAGUCGUGUUCAGGUUCAAGGUCAGAUUAGCCUUCUAUCUGGCGGAGUAUUAAGUUUUGGGCUGGCACACUAUGCCUCUUCAGAGUUUGAGCUAUUGGCAGAAGAACUUUUAAUGAGCAACUCAGAAAUCAAGGUGUAUGGGGCUCUACGCAUGUCAGUGAAAAUGUUUUUGAUGUGGAAUUCUAAAUUGCUUAUAGAUGGAGGUGGGGAUUCAGGCGUUGUAACAUCCUUGCUUGAGGCCAGUAACUUAAUUGUUCUUCGGGAAUCAUCUGUUAUACAUUCUAAUGCUAACCUGGGAGUCCAUGGACAAGGUUUAUUGAACUUGUCAGGUCCUGGAGAUUGGAUUGAAGCCCAGCGGCUGGUUCUGUCUUUAUUUUAUAGUAUUCAUGUUGGCCCCGGAUCUAUUUUACGAGGGCCUGUAGAUGAUGCAACAAAAAAUGCUGUAACUCCUAAGCUCUACUGUGAAGACAAAGACUGCCCCGUGGAACUAUUUUAUCCUCCUGAAGAUUGCAAUGUGAACUCAUCACUUGCUUUCACUCUCCAGAUCUGCAGAGUUGAAGAUAUCACUGUAGAGGGACUUAUCAAAGGUUCGGUUGUUCAUUUCCACAGGGCAAGAACAAUAACUGUCCAGUCUCAUGGGAUGAUCAGUGCAUCUGGGAUGGGGUGCACUGGAGGUGUGGGAAGAGGGAAUGCCAUAGGCAAUGGUAUAUACAGUGGUGGUGGGUAUGGUGGUAGAGGUGGGGUAGGAUGCUUCGAUAAUAACUGUGUCCCAGGUGGCAUCUCUUAUGGGGAAGCAGAUCUUCCCUGUGAGCUUGGUAGCGGUAGCGGAAAUGACAGUUUAGCCAGUUUCUCUUCAGGAGGAGGCAUUAUAGUGAUGGGCUCAUUAGCGCAUCCGUUGUCAAGCUUGCUCAUUGAAGGCUCAGUGACAUCUGAUGGAGACAAUUUCAACGGAACUGCAGGAGUAAAAAAGUUGACUGAUAUUCAAGAGUCUACAGGCCCUGGGGGAGGAUCUGGUGGAACUAUUCUUUUGUUUGUUCAUACCAUGGCUCUUCGUUCAUCUGCUAUUCUUUCAAGUGCUGGUGGAUAUAGUCUAGCAAAUGGAAGUGGUGGAGGUGGUGGAGGAAGGAUUCACUUUCACUGGGCCGACAUACCUACAGGAGACGUGUACCAGCCCAUUGCUAGUGUGAAAGGACACAUUGGUACCCGUGGAGGUACAGCUGGUGAACUGGGUGGUGGUGGUGAAGAUGGCACUGUGACUGGGAAAGCGUGCCCUAAAGGUCUUUAUGGAACAUUUUGUGAGGAAUGUCCUGCGGGUACAUUCAAGAAUGUCAGUGGAUCCGAUAGAUCUCUUUGUCGACAAUGCCCCCCUGAUGAGCUUCCACAUCGUGCUAUUUAUGUAUCUGUUCGGGGUGGGAUUGCUGAAACGCCAUGCCCUUACAGAUGCAUUUCAGAUAGAUACCAUAUGCCGAAAUGUUAUACUGCUCUUGAAGAGUUAAUUUAUACAUUUGGUGGUCCUUGGCUCUUUUGUGGUCUCCUACUUGGCCUGCUUGUUCUGCUGGCAUUGGUGCUUAGUGUUGCACGGAUGAAAUUUGUCGGGGUGGAUGAGCUACCUGGCCCUGUACCCACUCAACAUGGAUCUCAAAUUGAUCAUUCCUUUCCUUUCCUGGAGUCAUUGAAUGAGGUCUUAGAAACAAAUAGAGCUGAGGAAUCUCAAAGUCAUGUGUAUAGAAUGUACUUUACGGGUCCAAACACCUUUAGUGAACCGUGGCAUCUUUCACACUCCCCUCCGGAACAACUCAAAGAGAUUGUAUAUGAGAGUGCAUUUAAUACAUUUGUGGAUGAGAUCAAUGCUAUAGCAGCAUAUCAAUGGUGGGAGGGUGCAGUAUACAGCAUUCUUUCUGCUCUUGCAUAUCCUCUUGCAUGGUCAUGGCAGCAAUGGCGUCGAAGGCUGAAAUUGCAACUUCUACGUGAGUUUGUUAGGUCAGAAUAUGACCAUGCUUGCUUGCGAUCUUGCCGCUCCCGUGCUCUUUAUGAAGGCAUUAAGGUUGCGGCAACAUCCGAUCUAAUGCUUGCAUUUGUGGACUUCUUUCUGGGUGGAGACGAAAAAAGAACCGAUCUUCCUCCUCGUUUGAAUCAAAGAUUUCCACUGGCUUUACUUUUUGGAGGCGAUGGAAGUUACAUGGCUUCUUUUUCACUUCAUAACGACAACAUUCUUACUAGUCUCAUGAGCCAGGUUCUACCACCUACAACAUGGUACCGCAUGGUUGCUGGCCUGAAUGCACAGUUACGGUUGGUUCGUCGUGGUCAGCUUAAAUCAACAUUUCUACCUGUUGUUAGAUGGCUGGAAAAUGUUGCAAAUCCUGCUUUGAGGAAUCAUGGCAUUUGUGUGGAUCUUGCGUGGUUUCAGGCUACAACCUGUGGUUAUUGCCAGUACGGUCUUGUUAUAUAUGCUGCUGAAGACAUCAGUCCUCCGGCCAUAAGAAGUUAUCAUGAAUAUGAACAAUAUGAUCAAACUUCACGUGUGAAGGACAUUCCAAGAGAAAAUCAGUCUCUGCAUUCGAGGGAAGAAACACAUAUAAGACAAGAUCAUAUUUCUAGUGAAGGCCGUGCAAGGCGAAAGAAGUCAUAUGGGGGCAUUUUAGAUGUCAGCAGUCUACAAAUGCUCCAGGAGAAGAGGAGUAUAUCUUGCAUUCUAUCUUAUGUGCUUCACAACACUAAACCUGUUGGCCACCAGGAUCUUGUUGGUUUAGUCAUAUCAAUGCUGCUACUAGGGGAUUUCAGCUUGGUUUUGCUUACGCUGCUCCAGAUGUUUUCUUUCUCAUUGGCAGACGUUUUUCUAGUUUUGUUUAUUUUGCCGCUCGGCAUUCUCCUUCCAUUCCCUGCUGGAAUCAAUGCCUUAUUUAGCCAAGGACCUAGGCGUUCUGCAGGCCUCGCCCGCAUCUAUGCAUUGUGGAACAUCACAUCCUUGGUCAAUGUUUUGGUUGCAUUUCUCUGUGGAUAUGUUCACUCAAAAUCUCAAUCCUCGAAACAUCCAAGCUAUCAGCCAUGGACUAUUAACAUGGAUGAAAGUGAAUGGUGGAUCUUCCCAGCGGGAUUGGUUGUUUGUAAAUUUCUCCAAUCCCGACUCAUUAAUUGGCACGUUGCGAAUCUCGAGAUCCAAGAUCGAUCCUUGUACAGUAACGAGUUCGAUAUGUUCUGGCAGUCGUGAUGAUUUUUAUUGCUCACCUUGAUGACAGACUAUUUUCUCUUACCUUGUCUUUUUUUCUGGGGGAGGGAAAGUUCUUUACCACACAUGGGUUUGCUCGUAGGCAGGCAAGCAAGCAAGCAGGCGUUCUUUCUACCAUUUCAUCCCACACUCAAAAUUUGACUCUUAGGCCAGAAAUAGAUAACAAUCAAUAUCAAAAUCAAAUCUUAAUUUAAAGUCCAAACAAAAUAGAUUAAAAAAAAAAAAAAAGAAGAAGAAGAGGCUUUCACAAUUGUAAUCAAAUCCAUUUUGUUCUUUUUCCUUUUUUUGUUUUACUCUUAAAGACCAGCAUCUUCUUUUCCUUCUUUACUUCCUUUUUGUCUACAGUGUUGUAUAUAAUUUGGGAUUUGUUAUUGCCCCCUUUGAAUCCCAUUUGUGUACCCUCUUUUCUCAGUCCUGGGGCUUCCCCAUCUCUAAUUAACUGACUAGAAAAUUCAAUAUUUAAGGUCAUUUUUUUCCAUGUAA